AUGGGAAACGAGCUGACUCCCUCUGCCUUCCAGAAGGAGAUGUCUCUCACCAUCAAGCAGAGGCUGGCCAGCACUCAGGAGAUGAAUCUGCCCCAGGAUGUCCAGCUUCAAGACAAGAGUGAGACCUCCCACCCCAAGUUCUCAGCAGUUCAGAGCUCACUUCAGCCUUUCCCACCAGAGCUGGUGUUUCAGAGCUACAUCCCUGGCGAGGUCUAUGAAGUGCCACUGGUUCUGAGGAACAGGGACCUGGAUUAUUUCCACCAGCUCCUCUGCGUCACUGAAAGGGAAGAGAUCAUUGUGCCAAUUCAGGCGAUUGGUGCCCGAGCCUUCCUGGACUUCCCUGACAAGGUGGACUUCUCAGUCUGUCCAGUCAAGCACAGCACCCAGAAGGUUCUGCUGGUUCACAACCGCGGUAACCGGGCAGUUUGUUACAGCAUCAGGACUCAGAGGYACUACCACAGGCUGAGUCGGCAGGAAAAGGACAAGUUGUAUGGUUUUCUGAAGGGGAGCAGAGUGGACACCACUUGCAGAGAACGCUUUGCUCUGCUCUCCCGCACCCUGCGGAGAGAGAGGGCAAAGGUGAGAGAGGACCCCAUGCUGUUCAACAGUGACAUUUUCUUGMUUGAGCCGAAGGAGGGAGAGGUCAAGCAGAAUUGUUCGGCUGAAAUCAAUGUGUUCUUUAAGCCCCAAGAAGCCCGAGUCUAUCAGCAGACGGCUUACUGUGACAUCUCAGAAGUGCUGGGAGCAGUUCUGGGAGCAGUUGUCAUUGCCCCACCUGAGGGCUUUGUGAUGCCACCGACUCUGCAUUUCGAUGUGUCCGCCCUCCGUUUCGGUGACGUCUCCUGUGGUUUUCCUCGCACCUUGAAGUGCUGCCUGUCUAACACCAGCAUGGCAUCCGUGGGCUUCAACCUCCGUGUUCCUGGGGACGGCUUGGGAGAGCCCAGCGUUUGCAGCUCUGUUCAGAUGUUCAAAACCGAUCGCCAGGCUUGGAAUAAGAGAGCUCAAGGUGUUAUGAGGCCAAGKGAAUUCACAAUAAAUCCCUGCACAGGGAUUGUCCGUGCCCUGGGAUCCCAGGAUAUCGAGCAGGGUGGCAAAUGCUCAUGCUGGAAGAUUGAACCCAGUAAAGGAGUGAUCCCCCCUAAUUCUGAAGKGUCUGUGAUUGUCACAGCAUACCUGGAUGACACAAUUAAAUUCYACGACAAGCUGAAGGUGUUCAUUGAGARCAACCCUGUGAACAUCAUCUCUGUCCAGGCUGUGGGCACUGGCUCCACAAUUGUCACCAACAAAUCUUUUGCUCCACAGUUCAGGUUGGGACCUCACKUCAGCUUCACUCACUGCCGUUACCRGUUCAAAGUGACAAACAAASGACGACGCAUCCAUCAGCUGUACUGGACCACAGAAGGUUUCAGMAKCUUUUGGYGGAAUAAUCAUUCCUCUGCCCUCARUGUCACCAAGAAAAAAGCYGYUACYCAGAUCCCCCGACCUGGCAGCCCCGUGUUUAAGCUGAGGCCAAYRCAGAUGGGCCUGAAGCCUGGCCAGACUGUGGAGGUCGUGCUGGAAGGMUGCUCCAGCACUGCCCAGGUGAGGCCCUGCCAAGGGCUGACCYUUCCCUGUCAGAUCCCCUCCACUGGGGCUKCUUCUGCAGCCCCUUGAUGUUUGUCUGGGGAAAAGGAGCGAGUGACUUCAAGAAACUGUUUUAAGGCCACAAGUUUCCAUGGCAGCAUCAGUUGCUUUCCUUGCUGGCCACCAUCAGUUGCUAAGGCUUUUUUGUGUUUCGAUAGCCACCAAAACCCAGUGCUGAUCCCAAAAUACAGGCUGACGGAAGUACUGGUCCUUUGAGGCAAACAGGAGGUUACCAGCGUUGUGUGCUGAGGCAGAAAGGAAGGGCAGGGAAAAUAAGUUAYGCUUAGACUAGAAGCCCAGGCAGGAAGUAAAUUAAACAAAUCCCAAAUGCUUUAUUCAGCAGAAGCAAGGAGUAAAACAAAAAUCCUGUGAAGGGAAGGAGUGUCUGGGAGAAGCAUCGUUUUUCCUCCACAAACAAACAUGGGCAGAGGGCUGGUYUAGCCAUGAGUCCUGGAGGGGGAAAAAGCAGUGUGCCAGCUUUAAUGAUCAAUGUUGUCCAUCCACAUGGGAAGCUGUUCCCAGGGAUCAUUAUAAUUGACAACUUGACUUUUGUCAAUAUUUCCAUAACAGCUCACCCCAGUCUCUCAGCCAGCCCUGGUGUCCCAAGGACAGACGGAUUUUGCAGCAUCCUUGGAGACCAGCUCUGAAAGAAGCUGGGUUGUGGUUUUGUAUCAGAGGGAGGAGUGAGAAACAAAGGGAAGCAUUUGGGGGAGCAAAACAAUGGAAAAAUCAGGAAAAGUCUUGACUAUCCAGCUUAUGCAGAGUGUUUUCCUGUGAACGGCAAGACAUUCUCUGUUCCUGAGAAGGYUUCUUUUUAAACCAGCUCCAGAAGGCCACAGGGCAUCCAUGGAACCAGUGAUCCCUUCCUGACCUGAAGGCAGGUUGGUUAUUUGGGUUUUUUGCAUGGAUUCUUUCACCUCCACUUCCAAGAGAGGGUUUGCUGGCACUGACCCUUGUAUCACCCAWUUCCCAUAAUAUAUGGAYUUUUUCUUUUUUCUUUUUGUUUUUAAUUGGUGUCUACAAAUUUCUGUAAGUGUUAUGCUUACAAGAUCACCUCAUUUUACAGAAAUGAGGAAAUCGUGACUGCUAACUUGAUGACACAGAAACUGCUUCAUCUAAGCCUUUGUCCUUGGAAAGCCCCAGCUCAGCUGUUGCACAUCUCAAAUACUUCCAGUUGGCUACCUAAUGUUGCCCUGUCUUCAUAGUCAUUUAGACAGGCUAAACUAUCAUCCUCAUUUUUCUGCUUUGCUCUAACAGCAGCUACUGUCUCCCAGAUCAUCUCAUGCCAAGCACUCUGCCUAAGGGAACUGAAAGCAUUAGAGUGAACAAGAAGUCUGUCUCUUCCCAGAGGAGAAGCAGCUGUCAGCAAGGUUCCCCCAAUAUUAUCACAGGGUCAGUUACUGUGUCUGGAUGUCAAGAGAGGGAAGCCUUGAAAGUGCACUGAUGGUUCUGCACUUUUUGUGGAGUGAAGGUCACUGUAGCAAAGGCAUGGGAGAAGCCAGGCAUGCAAAUCCAAGGGGGAUCCAUGCUGAAAAUGUUACUGGCAUAUCUGACAGGCUUAUAUCCGCUUUGGGUAUUGAAAGAUGUGAAAUGCAUCGGAAAGGCAAGGAGGGUGUAAACCCCAUACCAAUUCCCCUGGGAAGGAAAGCUAAUUUCUCAGACUUCUGUGGCCUGAGCUAAAGGCCAUCUUGGUGAAGGGAGUUUUGGCCUGUUAAACCAUACUCACCUUCACAGAGCAGCUCUUUGGUGUUUG